UGAAUGUGAUGAAUGAUGAGGGAGGGGGGAGGGAGGGAAAGCAUUAAUGCUUCAGACUUCCUGCCCCACUCUUCCAUUUCCAGGUGUGUAUGGGAGAACGCCGAUCCAAAGGUUACACCGACAGCAAGUGCUGGGUGACUCCCAACUCAAGCUCAAGCUCAAGUGGGGGGUGGGGCGCACUGGAGAGGGUGACGACAUUGGGAAGCACCUGACUGUCAGUGGGUCAGCGACCAGUGUGCGAGGAGGACAUCACAUAUAAGAAACUUGUACUACAUGUAUUAAACAGAUGAUUCAAUGCAAAGGUAGUACUACAUGCAUUUCCAGUAUGGGAGAAUUCCACUCACACAGCACUUCUAAAAAGAAAUGGAAAAUAACCUGUCUGCAGUUAAAGAUUCCAAACCAGUUAUAUUUGUAACUGGUUUUGGUCCAUUUGCUGGCCACACCAUUAAUGCUAGUCAGUCAGCUGUUGAAUUGCUGGCCAAGGGGAACCUUGAAGAAGAGUUAGGUGUGAGAUUGGUCACAGAAAUAUUGGAAGUGGAAUAUAAUUAUGUUAAGAAGACUGUACCUCAGAGAUGGAAGGAGUUAGUGCCAAAGCUAACAAUUCAUGUAGGAGUGUCAGGCAUAUCAGAAACCCUGGUAUUAGAGCAGCUGGCCCACAACACAGGAUAUGUAAGAGUAGACAACUGCGGGUGUGUGCCACAGAACGCUGUGUGUUAUCCAGAUGGAAGUGAUGUAAUCCAAUCUUCUAUUCGGAUGGACUUAAUUUCAAGUGCUGUGAACAAAGCUACUUGUGUCAAGUUACCAUGUGUGAAAUCAACAGAUCCAGGAAGGUUCUUGUGUGAUUUCACAUUCUACUUGUCUCUGGUGGAAGACAAGUGUCGGUCUGCCUUCAUCCACGUGCCUACACUCAACAAGUUCUCAGCUGAAGAAAUAACUGCUGCCUUGGCCACUGCUAUAAAGGAAAUGUAUUUACAAGUAGUGGAAAUGGAUAAUGGGACAAAAGUGGUUGAGGUAAAUGGUAACUCAACAACUAAUCAGGUUUGCCAAAAUGGUGAACCCAUAGAACAGGUUGCUGCUGCUGUGUGAAGGCAGCAGCUAUGGCAGAAGCUACUGCCAUUACUGUGUUGUGUUGGAGGUAAUAGAAUUUAAGAGAAAUAUUUUUAUAACUUAGAAUUGGUAAUGAGAUUGGUAGGUAGAGAAUUUAUGCAAACAUUUUAGAUAAUUAUAUAUUUUCUUAUAUAUAAGCAACACAAAUUUUACACCUGGUGAUUUAUCCAGUCAUACACCUCUGAUGAGGCUAAUAUCCAGUGACUAUAAUUGUUUUUAACUGACAAAUGAUAUUGAUAAUUUUAAAAGAAUUGAAAGCAUUUGACUGAUAUGCUAUUGAAGGUAAUAUAUUUGAUAAUGAUUCUGUGAUAUUUUGGAAGAUUUAAAUAGAAAAGUUCUACUUCCUUUCGGAGAAACUAGUUGGAAAAGUAUUGUUUCCAUCUUUGGAUGUUAAUUGAUUUUAUAUGAUAUAGUAAUGAAACACACACACACACACACACACACACACACACACACACACACACACACACACACACACACACACACACACACACACCCGGUAGCUCAGUGGUUAGAGCGCUGGCUUCA